AUGUCCCUCGCGGGCGCGCUCAGCUUCUACAACCCCGCGGUGCGCACCGCCCAGGGGACGAAGAGCACGACGUUCCGGGCUCCCGACCUGGACACCACCCUCACCAUCCCCGAGCUGUUCAAGCACAACGCCGAACACCACCCCGAACACCCCGUGUUCGAGUACGUCGAAGAGAACGGUGCGCUGCACACCCUCCGGUUCCCCGACGUGUACCGCGCCGCCCGCAAAGCGGCCAGCUUCGCCGUGCCCUACCUCCAAGGCCUAGAGAACAGUGACUUCACCGGCACGCCGGUGGCAGGCAUCCUCGCCACCUCAGACUCCAUCAGCGGGUACACAUUCCUCGUCGGACUCAUGUACCUCGCCGUCACGCCCUUCCCGAUCUCGACGCGCAACUCCCCGAUCGCGGUCGCGCACCUCGUGGCCAAGACGGGGGUGCGCCGGCUCUUUGUGAGCGCGGACCCGGCGAUGCAGCGGCUUGCGCGCGAGGCGAACGAGUUCCUCGCGCGGGACGGCCACGCCGCGGUCGAGCUGCUGCCCGCGCUGGUUCCGAUGGGGGACGUUGAUGAGAUGAGGGUGUGCAUCGUCAUGCACUCGUCCGGGUCGACCGCGUUCCCGAAGCCCAUCAAGCUCCUGGACAGAGACUUCAGGAAGUGGGGACAUUAUGGCGAGGUCGACCUCUGUGGGAUUCGAACCGGAGGGCAUGCGAACCCGAUGUUCCGUGAGUCUGAGGUUUCUCCGUUACAGCUCUACACCGGACUUCGAGAUGGUUUUUGCGUCCCUGCCUUCGUUGAGGCAUGGGCACGCGACCCAGAGAAGGUGGAAAGCUUAAAGACUCUGCGUACCAUUAUCUACUGUGGCGCCCCGAUGAACAAGCAGACCGGAGACCGUCUGACCGCCGACGGGGUUUCGUUGGUGUCCUUUUAUGGAGUCACGGAGAUCGGCAGCCUCGUCCGCCUCAUCCCGAACCCAGACACCAUGGACAAGACGGAGUGGGAGUGGUUCGAGUGCUCCGGCCACAUCGACGCCUGGCUGGUUCCGCAGGAAGGGCGACCCGGGAUAUUCGAGCCGAUCGCAUUUGACACCCCGUCGUUGCACCCCCACGUCUUCAACACCACGUACGACGGCCGCCCGGCGUACGCGACGAGCGACCUGCUGCAGCAGCACCCGACGAAGCCGCAUCUGUUCCGCGUGUUUGGACGGGCGGACGACCAGCUCAUGCUCUCCACCGGGGAGAAGACCAACCCCGCUCCGUUAGAGGCCAUUUUACUCCAAGACCCGCGCGUCUAUGCCUGUCUCAUGUUCGGGCGUGGGCGCUUCCAAAACGGCAUUCUCGUGCAACCCAAGGAGGAAUUCGACCCUCGCGACGAGCCGCGCGUGGAGCGCUUCCGGAACGAGAUCUGGCCCUCCGUGGAGAAGAUGAACGCGUACGCGCCGGCUCAUUCGCGCAUCUUCAAGGAGAUGAUCAUUGUCAACGACCCCGCGAAGCCGCUCGAGUACACCGCCAAGGGCACGCCGCGCCGCCAGGUCUGUCUCGCGACGUACGUCGACGAGAUCGACGCGCUGUACGACCGCGUCGCGGAAUCGUCGCAGCGGGAGAUGCCACCGCCGCGCGAUUGGUCUGAAGAGGCGACGUUGGAGUAUACUGCAGGGGUCGUGAGGAGCGUCAUGAAGCACGCGACGUUCGGAGAUGAAGACGAUAUCUUCCUGGAGGGGUGCGAUAGCUUGCAGGCGACCUGGAUCCGCAACACGAUUCUCCAUGCGCUUCGCUCGGCGUCGACCGUCGAUGUGCACCGCGUGCCGUCGAACUUGGUGUACACACACCCCACUGUCGCCUCUCUCGCGUCUUAUCUCUUUGCCCUCGUGUCCGCCGCGAAUCUCUCGGACGACGCCGUGCAACUUUCCAACGCGUCUCAAGAGACCGAAGAGGCAGUCGCGCGCAUGCGUGCGCUUCUCGACAAAUACAGCAAGGGGUUACAGUCAAGCAGCGUAGAGAAGGACGCGGCUCCACACAUCAACGGGAACGGCCACACAACGAACGGACACACUGUCCCAAUGGAGACGGUGGUCGUGACGGGGACAACCGGACGCCUCGGCUCGCACCUCCUCGCGCGGCUCCUUAUGCGCCCGGAUGUCGCGCGCGUGUUCGCCCUCAAUCGCAGUCACGGAGAGUCGGACUCGAACGAGAAGCUUAUGGCGCGCUCUGCAGGGGCGUUCAAAGUGCUGGGCUUGGACGCCGCUUUGCUGCGUUCCGGAAAGGUAGUCCUUCGUAUCGUCAACCUCACGAAGGAACAUUUUGGCCUGGCUCCGGAAGAGUAUGAGGAAAUGAGGAUGAGCGCGACCCAGAUCAUCCACAAUGGGUGGACCGUGAACUUCAACGUCUCUUUAUCGUCUUUCGAGCCUCUCAUCGUCGGGGCGCGCAGGCUCAUUGACCUCGCCCUUGGCUCGACACGUCCACACAAGCCCCACAUGUUAUUCGUGAGCAGCGCGGGAGUCCUGCGCAACCACAGCUCCGCCGUUCCUGCAGCCGAGCUCAUCGAAACUCCUCCCGAACUCGCCGUCGGCGCCGGGUACUCCGAGAGCAAGUGGGUCGCGGAGCAGCUCCUCUGGCGCGCCUCGCAGCACACCGGCCUCUCCACCACGUCGGUGCGAGUCGGCCAGGUCAGUGGGGACCAGCGCGCGGGCGGGUGGUCGGUCACCGAGUGGGUCCCUGCGCUCGUGCGCAUCAGCCAGAAGCUCGGCUGCAUGCCCUCCCGCGACGAGAACCUGACCUGGGUCCCCGUCGACGUCGCCGCGGCCGCGCUCCUCGAGAUGACGCGGAGCCGCGCGCCCGUCUUGCACCUCCGCUCGCCGCGCCCGGUGCCCUGGGACAUCGUCUUCGCGCCGAUGGCGGCGCGGCUCCGCGUGCCGCUCGUGCCGUACGCGGAGUGGCUCGCGCGCGUCGAGGCGGACGCGGCCGCGGCCGCGCGCGACGGGAGCGGGCACGAUGCCGCGCACAGCCUGCUCGCGUUCCUCGGGAGCGCGCGGAUGGGCGGGGCGGAGGGCGCGCUCGACGUCUCGGAGGCGGUGGGUUGCUCGAAGGCGCUCGCGGACGUCGCGCCGCUGUCGGGGGAGGACGCCGAGAGGUACUUGGGGUUCUGGGACAAGGUCGGGUUCGUCAGGCUGCCCGAGUGA